AUGGAAACAAUAACAACUAAUGGUUUAACUUUAAUUAAUCAAAAUUACAAUCCAAUCGCCGCCGUCGCUACAACAUCAUCGUCAACAUUUGACGCUAGUCGUUCUUCUUUGACUCAAAAUAAUUUAAAUUCUAUUCAUUGUUGGCCAACAUCAAAAAAAGUCGAAUUAUUAUCAUCGUUUUCUCGUUGUUCAAUACCAUUAUGCGUUUGUACUGGUUGGAAACAUGAACAAUCGACUCUUUUGAAUGGUGACGAUAUAACAACAACUGAUGAACAAUCUAAAAAACUCGAUUGUGCUGCAUGUCAACAUUCAUUUGAUUGUCAUUCAAAUCGUUGGUUAAACGCUAGUGAACAACAGAUUGAACAUGGCAUACAAUUGUUACUAGAUGCUGACUGGCUGAUAACAAUGGGUGCAUCAAACGAACAUGAUCUUGCAACAAAUCGAAUUAUUUUAUUUACAGCACAAAUAUUGCAUAAUACAAUCGGUGAUCCAUUUAAUUACAAUGUUAGUAUCGGUCUCGGUAAUCUCAUUGGUUCACCACCAUUUGAACACCCAACCAUUUUAACGGCGGCUAUUAAUUUUGUUGCAUAUCAAUAUACAAAAGCAGUUGAAAAUGAAAUACAAAUUAUAUUUGAAGCUGCUAAACAUUUUUUACAAUUAAUUAAUACAUGGAAAAUGCCAUCAAUUGUAUCGUAUAUGUUAUCAAAACAGAAAACAGAACAACUAUCAACAAACAAUAAUAAUAAUAAUAAAAUAAUGAUGACAAUGAAAAAAAAUGAUGAGACGAUGUUAACGCCUUUGUCGACGAAUGGUGAUGAAUCACAACCGUCUUGUUCUUCAUCUUCGUCGUUCUCUCGGACAACAUCAACAAAAAAACAGUUAGAUAAUCGAGAAUAUGAAUUAUGGUAUGCUCGUUGGACGAGUUAUUGUAUCCUACCACAAAUAUGCAAUAAAACAUUGAUAAAAUAUGAUUGUAUAAAUAUUUUUGGAUUAACUUAUAUGAGAUAUAUUUACGAACAGUUUAAAUUCGAAAUUCUUAAACGUAAUGAACAACGUCAAUUAUUUUCUAGUCUCAUUUUUCAAAAUUUUAUUGAUCUAUUUGAACAAUCACUUGAUGAAACAUCACCAUCGCACUGUUGCUGGAAUAAAUAUUAUGAACGUCCAAUAAUACCGAUUGAAGCGGAAAUUUAUACGUUUACACAAGCGAAUCAACAGUCAUUAUCGUCAGGCAAUUCUAGUCAUUCUAUUCUUUCUUUACCAACAUCAGUAUCGACGACGACCACUACUCCUACAACAACGACAACAACAAUAAAAUAUGAACCUGAAAAAAAAGUUACUCGUCGUGUAUCAAAAGCAUUAACGAAUAAACGUCGACUCGGAACGCCUGCAUCAUCCUCACUCACAAUCAAUAAUCAAUUACUAACAAGUUCAUUAUCAUCAAUCGGUUCCUAUCAUCCUUACUCGAACGAGUUUGUUCGUAAAAUAUGGUCAAACGUUAAAGAACAACAUCAAAAGCGCAUACAGUCAGAAAUAGAAAAAACAUUAUAUAAAGCAAAUCCGAAAAGAGAUGAAGUUGCUCGAUUAGCUGAACAACGUGGUUUCGCUGAAUUUCAUUUGAUUAAACAUAAUUUACAAACAUUAACAACAACAAAUGAAACAGAUAUCAUGUAUAAACGUUUAUUACAAUUGAUUAAUGUAUUUUCACGUGCACUACCAAAAAUGCCACAAAACUAUAUAACACGCACAGUAUUAGAUCCGAGACAUCAAUCAUUAGUGAUUAUAUUUGCUUCAAAGGUGAUUGGUGGUAUCACAUAUAGAAUGUUUCAACAUCGAAAUUUUACUGAAAUUGUAUUUUGUGCUGUUAGUGAAUAUCAACAAGUUCGAGGUUAUGGAACACAUUUGAUGAAUCAUUUAAAAGAUUAUCAUAUUAAAAAGAAUAUUAAACAUUUAUUAACCUAUGCUGACGGAUUUGCUGUUGGUUAUUUUAAAAAGCAAGGUUUUUCAUCAACAAUAACAUUAAAUGAAACUGUUUAUUUGGGUUAUAUCAAAGAUUAUGAUGGUGCAACGUUGAUGCAAUGUGAUUUAUAUGAUGAUAUUUGUUAUACAAAAUUAACUGAAACAUUCACGUUAAUUAAAGAUUGUUUACAUACGUUAAAACUUUACAAACAGCAAGAAUUAUUACAAUCAUAUGGUGAAGAGUAUGGCGCCAAAUUUGUUCUGGAUGAUGAUGAUAGCAGUGAAAAUAUGGAAGAUCGUAAACAAAUCAUACCGAAUGUUUUAUCUAAUGGACAAAAUGAUGAGGAAAUCGAUGUGUUGUAUAUAACGUUAAAUGGUGUCUACAAAGAAAUACGUCAACAUCCAAAUUCUACUUAUGUUCAACGUUUAAAAUUGCACUCAUCAUCAACUAAUGAUAAUACAAUGCUAUAUCCAAUUGAUUUGGAUUCGAUACAAGAACGUUUAAAAUCACAAUAUUAUCGUAAUUCGUAUACAUUUAUCGCUGAUAUGAGUCGAUUAUUACAUUUAUCUCGAUAUAUUUAUGAACAGAAAAAAGAAGAUCAAGACAUUAAACUAUUUGAUGCAUUUGUACGAAGAAAAAUGAAUGAGUUUGGGUUAGAAAUGCCGAACAAUACGAUACAGCCAUAA